UGGAAGUCAAGAUUCAAUAAAGUUAAGACUUCCCCUGAAUAUUUUCACAUGGCUGAUGGAUCUAGAAGACUAACUGAAAUGAUGAACACACAGAGUAGUGUCAGAGCUGUAAUUUCUAGCAGUUAUGGAAUACAUGGUCUGGAGCUGCCGUACGAGGGAGAUGAUAUCAGCAUGUUCAUAAUUUUGCCUGAGCAAUCUCAUGCAACAGCAGUACAAGAUUUACUGAGGUCAUUAACUUAUGAACGUCUAGAGAUGAUUCUAAGUGAGAUCUUAGACAGUCCUCUGAAAAAAAUGGACGUUACUAUUCCUAAGUUCAAAACUGAGAAUAAAUAUAAUCUCGUACCGAUUUUAAAGGAGUUGGGAGCAGAUGAGUUACUUGAGUUUGUCGACCUCAGUGACUUUGUUAAAACGUUUAAAGAUUUUAAAGUGGAUAAGGCCAUCCACACCGCCAAAAUUGUUGUAGAUGAGCAAGGCACGGAGGCGGUGGCUGUUACAGUAGUGAAGGCAACCAUAACCCGUUCAUAUAUGCGGGAACACUAUCCAGUAUUUCGAGCAGAUAGGGCUUUUUUGUAUUUUAUUUAUAAUACUGUAACGAGGACGCUGCUAUUUUCUGGGGUUUUUAACUCUCCAUAAAUACGCAUAGCCGUAACAAAUUUUUUUAAUUAUGUUUUAAUAGUUUAAUAUUGUAAAAGUUUAUAUGAAUGUAGAUUCAUGAAAAUUAAUUAAAUUAUUGUAAAUAUUUUUGUUACGCUCAUUAUUUUAUUAACACUUGAAGAUGGAUUAAAUUUUCUGUGAAAAUAUAUGUUAACUUCACAAAAA